AUGACGACUCUAGACGAUUUUGAAAACAACUUAAAAGGGCGACUCUCAGGAACGGCCCGUAUCGUUGGAUGUGACGGCACCGUGUUACGAUGGGACGGGUCUUGUGCUCCGAACCCCUCUGUGACCGUCUUCCCUCAAUGCGAGAGCGAUGUUGCUGAAACGGUUAAAUUUUGCCGACAGAAGGGUAUCAAAUGUUUUGCGCAGGGAGGAGGGCAUGGCUGGAGGGUCCGGAACAAUAGGGAAAUCGAUGUUGUGAUUUGCUUGAGAGAAAUGAACUCCGUCACUGUCGAUGAGCGAAGCCACAAGAUAACCUUCGGGGGCGGGGCUAUUGUUAAAGAACUUAUCGAGGCCGCUACCGCUAAGAAGAUGGAAAUUACUACUGGGAUAUGCAACUCGGUGGGGGUCAUGGGAUCUACGCUUUGCGGAGGUAUCGGGAGAUAUAUGGGCAAAUACGGGCUCGCGAUUGAUAAUUUAGUGUCGGUCAACUUCGUGGACGCUGCCGGGAAGCUGCAUCGAGGCGUUAGCCAGGAUACUGAUGAGGAUCUUUGGUGGGCUAUUCGAGGAGCGGGAACUUCGUUCGGUAUUAUUACAGAGGCGACAAUGCAAGCACACCCCCAAUCUAACAACGGUUUGUCAUGGACUGGGGCAUUGAUAUUCGCAGAUUCAUCUAAGUUGGAGGCAGUUGUGGAGGCUAUAAAUGGUCUCGAGAUGGACGAUAACAUGUGCGUUCACCUCUUGAUCGCUUGUGUCCCACCAACGCAUGCACCCGCGAUAAUGGUCGUCCCUUGGUAUUACGGGCCUGAAGAGAAAGGAGAGAAAGCUUGGAAAAGCCUGCUGGACAUUGGUCCGACGACCAAGCAGACUUUUAUGGCGCCCGCUAACAGACUAAAUGAUGGCAACGACCCGUUUGGAGAGAUGGGCGGUCGCAAACCAGGAGUUGGCCUAGGGCUUGAUACAUUAGACCCUAAUGCUUAUCGCCAUAUCUGGGACUUGUAUGUCCAGUUUAUUAGCGAAAACCCGGAUGCCGCCCGGACGGUGAUAGUGGCUGAGCGUUAUCCCAAAGCCAAAGCAUCAUCUGUUGAUCGUGACACCGCCGCAUUUGCCCAUCGUGAUAGUCAAUAUGAAGUGAUAUGCGUCCCAUGGUACACGGACGAAAAAUUGGACAUUCGAGCAGACGCCUUCGCCCAAACGAUUCGCAAUAUCUGGGUCCAAAAGUGCUGCAAGCCAGGCAAAACCCACUCUUACGUAGCGUUUUCUGGAUUAAAUGAGCCGUUAGAGAGUUUAUUUGGGGAAAGGGAAAGGGUCGAUAAACUAAUGCGAAUUAAGCGGAAGUGGGACCCAGAAAAUUAUUGGGGUGCGUUGAUGGAUAUUAUGUAG